AAAAUGUGUAAUAUGUUGAAGCUUCAAAUCCGAUUAUUUAGUACAAAAUUUAAACUUUCUCGUUAUAUUUUGAUGGAGUUUUAUCUGGAUACCAAAUAAAAUCAUGUUUUCUAAGGAAUCUAUUGGUUGGUAUACUACUGACAAUUUUGUCAAAGAUAGGAUGAUCGACAAUUCAUUGAUGCAUAAAUUUGCAUUAUCGUCAAAAAUAUUAAAAAGAACAAAGACACUCAAUGUCAAAAUAAAAAAAUAUGGUGUGAAAGAUUACAAGCAUUAUAUACAAUUAAAGACUAAUAUCAUACGGAGCUUGGUUGAGGAUACUGACAAUGAUAUUUCUGACAUUUUAUCCGACACUGACUAUAGUGUUAUAUGUAGAUCGUUGAUAGAGAACAAAGACUCAGUCGAUGAUUCUAAAACAUAUAUUUCCACUGAUGAAGAUCUUAAGAAGCAAACAAACACCAAGUCUAAGGGAAAGAUCAAUUCCAAGAAUACAAAUACAAAAGGAAGCAUUCCAAAGAAAAAAUUAUCACAAGCAAAGUGUGACACUAGUGUAUCUAAAAAACGUAUUAAUAUAAGCUGGCAGAAAGUCACAAAGAAAAAUAAAGAUAUAUCACACUUGUCUAAUAAUCAAUCAUGCAUAAAUAAUGAAGAAGACACUUUCAAGAAUAAUAAUGAUUAUUUAAAGGUUCAAGCUAAUAAUCAAUCUUUUUCUCAAGAAUUUGAUUCUCAAAAUAGUACAUCUAGUAUAACAAAAUCUAUAAGUAAAAAUAUGAAUGAAAGUUGCAUAGAUUCCAGUAUGAUGAUAAGUGAAUUUUCAAGUUCUCAAUACAGUGCAAUAUUCAAAAUAACAUCAGAUGAAAGUGAGAUAGAGAAUUAUAAAGAGCAAAAUGCAGUGACAAGUAAAUCAAAUACUGAAUUAGAUUCACAAAAUGCACCAGAUUCUUCAUCAAAAUAUCAGGCUUCUUCAUUGAAAUCAAUUAAUUUAGAAAAUAUCAAAAACACUGAUAAUGAAAUAAGUACUGUUAUUAAAUUAGGAAAUACGAGGAACCAUAGCGAAAUAAAAUUAGCAGAAGCAGAUAAUAAAAAUCUGAUAAACUCAAAAAAUUAUAGCAACACAUAUGAAAGUCAGAAAUCUAAAUUAUUAAAAAAUGUUAGAAGAAACUUGAUGCCUGUGCUAGAAAAUGAUUUGAUGAACAAUGAUAAAGAUAUUAAAAAGGAUAAAAAUAAAGAGGAUAAUUUAAAUGAUGAUCAAUUACUUGUACCUAUUGCAAGUUCUACUUGGCACAGUACUCCAAAGAAAACAUCAGUAAACGGUUCUGAAUUUGAUAAAAAUUUGCAAGAUAAAUUUGACAAAAUUGAACAAAGCGAUAUAAAAAAUUCAACAAAUUCGGAUAAUACAGAGAUAAUUUUCCCUCAACAAUUUGAAAAGAUUGCUAAUAUUGAAAAGAUUGCUAAUAUUGAAACAAUAGCUUCGAAGAAUUCAAAGGAAGAUAUAAAUAACAUUUUAGAGACACAAAAAGAGAAAUUUUCUAAACAAGAGAAAAAUUGUUCCCAAUUGAACCCAAUUAAGGACAUUAAUCAAGAGGUUUUAUUAACAGAUCAAAAAAAUGAAGUGAAAGCAGUGGAAAAUAUUGAAAAGCAGCAAUCGUCUCCAAAAGAAAAUAAUACAAAGAAUGUACACUCAAAAUCUUAUAAAAUUUUAGAAAAGCAGAAUAGGGAAAAAAAAAUUUCUAAAGGAAAAGUAAUAAAUACCCUUCAAUUAAAUGAGGUUGAUAAAGAUAUAGAAAUUAAUCUGACAAAACAUGGAGAUAGGAAUGAUUUAUUAAAUGAAUUUCUUCAUUCUGAUAAAAAGGAACAUUCUACAGAAUCAAAAGAUUCGUGUAAUAUUCAAAAGCAACAAUUGUUAUUUUCUAAGAAGGAUCAUGCAAAGAAUGUACAUUUAAAAUCUUGCGAUAAUAAUUCAAAAGAACAAGACGAGCCUUUUGAAAAAGAAAUAGCAGGUGUCCUUCAAUCAAACCAGAUAGAUAAGAAUACAGAAAUUUAUUCAAUUAAUCAAGAUAAAACACGUUCUGCGAAGCUACAAGAUUCCUGCAAUAUUCAAAAGCAGCAAUCGUUAGUUAAAAUUACUUGUAGUGAAAUUAUCGACAAAAAGUAUACGAUAAUAAAUAAGCAAGAUAAUAAUAUCAGUAUUGAAAAAAAUGAUAUCAAUUCCCAAGAAGAAAUAUCGAAACCAAAAGAAAUUGAGAAUAAUAUACCGAUAACAUCGGAUACUGACAAUGAGGAGGAUAAUGCGAAUGAUAUGUCACCUGAAAAUAAACGACUCCAGCAGCAAAAAAGAUUAAACUUAGUUAUGAGCAGUGAUUCUAGUCAGAGCGAAGACGAACAUAUAGUCAUUGAAACAUCGAAAAACCAUAAUGAUGAUUUGGAUAUAAGCUGUUGUAAUAAAGAUACAUUUGAGAAUGAUGUAAUUAAUUGUGAAAAGAUCAAUACAGAUAUUUCAUGCAGCAAAGAAGUCGCGAUAAUUCCCACAAAAGAAAAAGAAGAUUCACCACAUGUAAAAAAAGAAAUGAAAAAGCCAGCUGAUGAAACUGCAUCACUAACAAGCUGUACAAAUGAAAAUAAUAAUUCAUCUAAAUCUGCUGCAAGCAAAAAUUCAUUAAAAGAAAUACAAUAUUCUGAAAAUGUACAUAACAAUGACGAUAAUCAGAGUGAAAGUAUAGAGGAUGAUGAAAGUUUUCAGUUGAAAGCUUCUGAAGAUAAUGCUUCAUGCAUUGAAGAAUCUAGAAAUGAAAUUUCUUCAAGAAAUAAAAUUGGUUUAUUAGAUAAAGAGAACUUUUGCGAUAAAAGUAAUCAAAACAAGGACAGAAUGAGCGAACUUGGAAUUAGAUGUAAACCUAGGCAUGAACAAAACAAAGAAUCGACAAAAUGUUCAAAUGUGCAUCUUGACAUCUCCUGCCAUUAUAGACCAUAUAAUUUACAACAACUAGUAAAGGACGAAAAGUUACUUGUCGAAACGAUACCAGCUGGUUUUACGCUGGCAGAUCUUUCUGAAGAUGACGAAGCUUUUAUUUUGAAUGUUCCAAAUAAGGCCUUACAAUGCAAUCUGCAGGAUCAACUGCUAUCAUUAAAAGAAAAAACAAUAAAAUUCGGAGGAAAUAAAUACAGAAUUGUGAGUAGCCAUGUGGGUACUGUAUCUUGCAUCUUUGCUACUGGAAAACAAUGGAGACCUUAUAAGACAGUGAAUAUUAAAGACAUCAGCACUAUUACUGUACAAGAAAGAUUGCCAUGUUAUUCGGGGAAAUCGAAUGUGUCAAAUUUGUACGAUACUAUUAUUUCUCCCGAAUUAGAAACCUCAAAAAUAAAUGAUCAACAAACAAAUGAAACAAAUUUAAAAAUGCUGAAAGUUGAAUGCAACAAGCGCAAACGAAGUGCAAAUACAGAAACUGAACAAUGUACGACUAAAAAGAGACAAGCAAAAUUAAAAGAUUAAGACUAAAAAUUAAGAUUAUUUAUUUUUAACAAAAAGGAUUAAAAAAUGAUUUUUAUUAUAAUAGAAAAAAAUAUAUUGAAUAUUUGAAUAUUAAAGUCAGGA